UUUUGCGAAAACAGAUUAAUACAUUAUCUGGUUAUUACAUUAUCUGGUAUCUUAAUACUGACAUGGAGACGUGACACUUCUGUUCUAAAUGGCAUUAAAAUCUGGCAUGGAGGAAGGUUACGAAACGGACGAUGCCAGCGGCAAUGAAAGCGAACAUCCGGCCUUCGGCACACUAUGGUACUUCAAGCCCCACCCUACGAUGAGCCAAAAGAAGCGUCGAGAGUUUUGCUUGGACCUCCUGGACCGUGACUACGAAGAGCCCAACCAGGAGUCCUUUGAACCCAUAACUACGAUGCCGAUGGCCUUUCAAAACGCCAAAGGUGAUGGAAUAUUUUUGGUACAAAUGGGGCCGGAGGACACCCGAACCACUCUGCGGCCCGACGGCUGCGGCAGAUGGAAAAAUAAUGGUAACACGGCGACUGAGGAUGUAUACACCACCUACUAUCGCAAUAUUACUUGCCGGACAUUUCAUAAAUACGCACAUGUCAACGACACCAAACGCUUGGCAGUACUCGACUACUGGUGGGACCCCGACGCAACGCCAAAGGCAUUCCCAGUACCGCCUCACGGUAAUUCCAAAUCUUCGGCACCAUUUAAUGGCACCAAUAAAAUCGCGCGUCGAGUGAUUUCUAAUACACUAUCCGAAAAUAAGUUUUCCCGUAAUGACGAAAUCAUGGACAUUGCCAAAAAGGUUGCGGCAAGCGGCAGCUGCAAUCCUAUGUUUAUUCCACGGGAUAAAUCACAAGUAAAGCGGGUGAAGAUUGCAUCGAAAAAAUCCGAAAUGGCGGACCUGAUGGGCAAACUGUGUCAGGAAGAAGACGUAUACUUUCACUGCACGACAAUUAAUACUUCGGAGGACGAGAAAAAGAAUAUGAUACCAGUUGUCUGCAGGCUGUCACAAUCACUGCUGGUGAAGUCAUUCGUCCUUCCAGGAUUUACGGGGCACAACGUUUUCAGUCCUCUGUACAUUGAUAUCGUGCAUAAUAUCGGAGAAUAUUAUGUGAUGACCUUGGCCAUCCAGCACCCUUACCUGCGCAGAAAGGAAACCGCCGCUGUUUCCGCAAAUAUUUCAGAAACAGCAAAACUGCGUGGUUUUGGAAAUGCAGUUCUUAUCGUCGGAACGGCAAUGCUAACUGGCCUAUUCGCGGCCGAAAUGCAAGCCGCAUUGUAUACGAUCCUUGAAAGGUAUCAACGUGACUGUGGUGACAGUGAAAUAUUUACGAAAUGGACUCCGACAAUUGUGGCUGAUGACAAUUUCAAACGUCAUAUGAAGCUGAAGCUGAAUAUGGACGAAUCAUCCAUCAACAUGGUCCUUGCGAUCUUUUUCGGUGGCAAAUUUACUGACGAUGACGAAGAAGAAAAGGGCAUCAUCGACAGCGCAUCCGAAAAGGAACUCGAUGCUAAAGUUGCAGACCUAUCUUCCGAGUUAUCCAGCAUCCACCCGGGAAUUUUGGCAUAUUAUCAGAAACGUAAAAGGCAAAUAUUUCUGGACCACGCAUUGUUAGAUGUACGCCAAUCUGCGGCUUUCGGAUCUGACCAUGUGACUAAUAAUGUGGCCGAAUCUGCCAAUUAUGAAUUGAAAGACACGCUCAGAAAUUUGCCCCAAAAGCAAAUUGGCCUUAUGGAAAUUAUCUCUCAAACGAAAUCUCUCAUUCGCCGUCAGGAAACUCACAUCGCGGAGGCUAUUAUCGGUUGCGGCGAGUUCAUUUUUACGGAGGCUUCCCCUUGCGUGGCACACACCGCGGAUGUGCUAGACAACGAAUCUGUGUACAAGAAUUGUCUGCGAAAAUUAUUCGGCGGGACUUUAAGCCAUGACCCUUUAUCCGACCGCCGCUCAAAGCUCGCGUCCCAUGAGACCGACUGCACCAUCAAGUUUCAGGUUUCGUUUGAGAAAUCCGAAUUAUCAAUUGACUACCAACCAUGCUGGAAAGCUGCGUUUCAGUUGAUUAAAACGAAAAAGAUUCACAGCGCUCCACCUCUGAUGGGUAGCAACGUUUUCCUGGUAGACGAUCCUAAUGGUCAUUUGAAAAAGGUCACAUGGUCGGCGGAAGCAGCCGCUGAGUGUUCUUGCGCUGAUUUUAAGAAAAAAGCCUUUUGUUGUGACGUUCUGGCCGUGUCUCACAUGAUGCAAAGAAUGCCUGAGUUUCUCGAAAAUUUCCGCUGUGCAGUUCCUCCUUAUUCAAUGCUCAUAGGACCGACAUCCACAGGAAAAGGCAACACAAAACGAAAAGCCGACAGGAACGAAAAACACAAACACAGUGGGCACAAAACGAAAAGCCGACAGAAAAUUGUCGAAAGGAGCCACGCUCCGCUCAGUAUCGUCGCAAGCCAGCAGUUUCAACAGACAACUAAAACGGUCGCAUAUUGAGAUCACGGAGGACAAUUCGGACAACGAAGUAUCCAUUAUCGGCUGCAAAACUGCCGAACCGGAAACCCUGAAGGGCGCAAUCGCUUCACGUAGGAAGAAAUUCAAGGUCGAGCCGAAAGAGGAAGUCGUGCAUCCACAGGUGAACGAACUGUAUCAACUGGAACAAGAACUUGAGCGAGAAAAAUCUCCAGAACCGUGUCCCUGUUGCAAGGGGAUUAAGCACCUUAAUCCGUGGCAGAAAGGAAGCAGCCGUUUCCGCAUCACAAAAGAUGCCGCUGUCCAUCCUAAUUCGAAGUGUCCUGGCUGUGGAAAAAGAUUUGUGGACAAUCCGCCGGCACUGGACAUCAUUGUGGUCCGCGAAGAGUUUGAGUAUAUCAGUGGCAGCAAUCGGCAAGCAGUAACUGACCGGGCUAAGCCCAGAAAGUAUUGUCUGCGUGCGGCAUGCAUUAAGCGCCGUCACCCGCAGUUCACAUCACAGUUUGCAAAUCAUCUGGAUGACGCCGUUAAAUUCAAAAAAGAUGAGCUGGUUGCAAUCGCAAAGUUUCGCGCUGAAAUUUAGUCGAAGUAGUGUUGAGUUCAGGGCAUGCAUGUUCUUUUGUCAUUGUGCUUUUUUUGAUAUUUUGAUACCUUGUUUAGCGUCCCAAUUAGGAUUAGCUGAUUGGUAUACGAGUACGUACGUAUGUUCUUUUGUGAUUGUUUUUUGUUUGCUUGCGUUUUUUUAAAUUUUUCGACCUUUUGAGUUGUAGUUUUCGUUUGUUGUUGUUAACUGUCUGUCUGCCGAACGAUGAAGCAUGUUUUGGAAUUAGCAAAAGCAGAAUGCAAUACACCGAUACAUAAUACAUAGAAUGUCCAGGUUGUACUUAGUACUUACUGCAUGACUUAGUUUACCAAUAAGUUGGUUUUGCAUCAGUUCGUGAUUGCCUUAAAAAAAUGAAUGUUCAGGAAAUUCCGCCGGCAUUUUGACCACGAGAAAUUCCGCCGUCUUUUUGACCUGACAAAAUUUCCGCCGGCCGAAAAUUCCGCCGUCGUUUUGACAUUGGCCUUUCAACAAUGAGCCGAGCUGUUGUAUUGUAAAUGCCGAAUGGAUGUAUGAACUUCAAGGAGGAAGUCAUUUUUUGAAUGUGGAACUGCCCGGCUUGGAAUGCUACAUAGGAAGUACUGGAGCAAGGCUCACGGAUGCCGGUACAAGUUGCCCGACUGCCUGUUUAUGUCACCUGCCACUGAUCCUGCUGACGGAGAUCUUGCGACAGCUGGAUCUGCACACACAAG